AUGGAAGGGUAUGAUGAAGACGAGUUAUUUAGUCUAGUUAGGGAUUGUAGCCAAACACUACACUUAUGCCAAGGGUUGAGUAAACCUGUUAAAGAAAAUGUGACUGGUCUUUUUCUCAAGUUGAAGCCCUACAUUGAAAAGUAUCUAGUCAAAGACUUAUUUGAUUGGAAAAGAUCUUUUGGCAGGCCUACAAGAAGUAUUAAAAUAGAAUUAAACUUUGAAGAGUUUGAUCCAAAUACCAUAAAUUUUGAAGAUUCUUGGGAUGUUGAUACUUACAAGCUGAAUGUUAAGGAUGAAAUAAACAACUGGCUGUCAAUUUUAAAAGAAAAAGAUGUUAAUAAUUGGUUGAUUGUUGUCAUUGUCAAUGCAGAUAGCAGGGUUAAAAGUAAACUAUUGAGAAACUCCACCUAUGAUAAAGUUAAAAGUGAUUUUUGCAGCAAACAUGUUGACAGAUGUAUCAUGUUAUGUGAGCCACUGAAGAAUGAUGCUCGAUCGAUGGAAAAUUGGAAUGCAGUAGGAAGUAGGAUGAGGAUGCUGACCGUGGAUUCCUACACGAGAUUGAUGGACAAGUUUGAAGAGAACAUGAGGAUGCAAAGAGAGAGGAGGGUGGAGGUUGAAUGGAACUUCUGCAGUUACUUCCUUUUGCAGGAAGAAUUAGCAUUCAUGUAUGAGAUGUUGGGCUUGUUUCAAGAUGCACUUAUCCAGUAUGAUGAGUUGGAUGCUCUCUUCACGCAAUUUGUUCUCAAUUCGUCCAUAGCAGAAGCAGCUCCCUGGUUGGAAAGAAUGAGUUGUAACCAAGCGACUCGGUGGGACGGGGUCUGCCUCUGCCGACCACUCGACCUACUCAAACAAAACUCCAUAGCUACAAACAAAUGCAGUCUUCUUGAUUUGAGAAGUUACCUUUUCGGUAGGCAGAGUUACCUGCUGUUGAGGAUGUCCAGAGUGAGUGAGUUGUUGCAGAGGGCAGUUCCUUUCAUGCUCAAUUUCAUCAAGGAAGUCAAACUUUUACAGCUUACUCUGCCUCCAGGAGCCAUCAAUUGCUGGAUCUUUCUCUCUUGCAUGGAAAUCCUCAAGGUCUGCUGUCCUGACAACAAAUUUCAAAGGUCAGAUCUUGACAGGUCACAUUUUGAUUGUGAGCUCUGGAAUCUUGCUAAAAGUAAGUUGAGUAACCUGGGAAGAAUUUGCGGACUGAUGGUAGGAGGUGACUCACAGCCAUCAUCGGAUCAUCUCAUGGUGGUCAUUGAUCUGCUGCCUGGAUUGGUGCAUACAGCAGGCGAAUCGUCACAUCUCAACAGACUUCUCGAAGCCCUGUCGUCCAAAAAGGCUUUUACACAAUAUUACCUGGAGCUGUUAGAACAAUGCAUCUGUUCACUGAAGCACGUAGGUAGACUGAGGAGUGCCAAAUAUGUUGGGAAGGAGUUGGCCGAGUUCUACCUAUUGAUUGAAGAUUAUGGGAAAGCCGAACCACAUUUGACGGAUGCUUUGAAGACUUACAAAUUAGAAGGCUGGGAAAUGUUGGCAAACCACACAAGGUUUAAAAUAGCUCUCUGCCAGAAAAAGCUCAACGAACUGCACAAGUACUGUCGAACAUGUUUGUACAUAUCUUCAAGUGUCUCCAUGAGUAUGGAAACUCGCAUCAAAUUCCUACAAGAACUUAUUGACAUUUCAAAGUCACGUGACAACGACGACGCCUCUCUUCCAUCAUCUACAUUAUUAAUCCCGCCCCCUUCCAUGUCAAUCAAACUGAUGUUGGAGGAUGUAAAGGUUGAUGACAGUGUGGACUAUCGUGUCAAUGUGUUGUCAAAUUUGCCCGUUGAUGUCAGCAUGAGAAGCAUUCUCAUCUAUUUCACUUGCACUGACAAGCAGCGAAGAAGCGGCAAUAGCGAGAAGUUGAAUGUGAGGGUACAGGCAACGAGUGGUCGGUCAAAUUCGUCUGAGGCUGUUUCGUUAUCAAGGAUGAGCAGUUUGGACCCGUCAUCUGCCUCCUCCCCCAACACAACCCCCCAUCAAAGUUUCCCACAGCACCACCCUCUCCAAUCCGAUCGCCUUCGAAACAUGUCAGGUCAGUCUGGAAAGUACCAUGCCCGCCAGUCCAGCAUGUCCAGUGCUCUCGGUGGAUUCGAACUCAUCAACCGCAUUGCUGAAACUGUCUCCAUCAACUUUCAACCCGUCAACAUGAAAGAAACUGUCCACUACUUCGAAGAUGACCACGAAGACGAUGAUGAGGAUGAUGAGACCACAGUUGCUUCGAAGGACAGGCUGGACAGAAUGAAGGACACUGAAAGUAUCACCAGCACCAGUCGCAAUAAGAACUCGCCUGACAUCAGCAGAGCUCCUAUGUUCUCUGCCCUCGUUUGCAAAUCUCCCCUGCAAAGACUUGGCAGUCACCCUAUGAAGCCAGCGAAAGAUGUUCUCCCACCACCACCAUCAUCAUCUUCGUCAUCAUCUUGCUCGUCGUCAUCAUCUACACAGCAUCAUGACUGUGUCAUCUUUAAACUGGGAGCUAAUGAUGAUGAUGGUAGUGAUGGUGGUGGUGGUCAUAAUGAUGGUGAUGGUUUAGGUGUGGUUUUGAAGAGUGGGCUGAGCGAGUUGGUUGUCCCUGGUCAUUUUCAAAUUUUCACUGAAGACGAAAUGAUGGCGGGAUUCAAGCAGAAAAUAAAACUGACCAUCCAAUCGGAGGCUGAAGCACCCAGCAGUGGUCUGAAGAACGCUGGAAUGCUUCAGUUUGUAAGACUCUUGCUUCCAUCCCAACUGCUUCUCGUGAAUGGCGACGAAGAUGAUGGCGAUGGUGAACUAGCUUGGAUCAAGGAUGCAGAUGAUAGAGCUGCUGAUGGUCACCAUUCAACGACACCGACUAAAACUUCAAUUGAAUCAUUUUCGUCUUACAAGCUGAGUGGUCAGGGUCGUUCCGCGCUGGUCAGAUCUGGUUCAUGUGUGAUGUCCAUUCUAUGUCCUGUCGAUCAUUGGAUGGAUAGCCAAACACUCACUCACAAGAUGGUUAUAAGAUGUGCUGACUACAAUGAUGAUGUUCAUGAGCUGACAUUUAGGAACCCAUUCAAGAUAACUCAUCAGAUAUUGACAGCUGUCCAAAAGAAAUAUCUGAAAGUCGUCGUUCAGUCUCAACACAGAGAUGCAAUUGAACUCUGGAAUUGGAAGGUGAUUGAUUCCAAGGACAAUGAGUCAAACAAUCUACCAACCAACCAAUCAAACAAUCCGCCAGCCAACCAAUCAAACAAUCUCUCUACUAGCCAAUCAGUCAAUCAAACAGCUUUCCAACCACUGAAUGGAUGUUCUACCUCAAACAAACUGAUUGUUCUGCCAGGAAAGUUUGUAAAUCUCGUGUGGUUAUUGAGUGAUGAAGUUGUUAGAUCUACGUGCCAUAAAAUAUCAACAUUCAUCUUCUCAGCUGACUACAAACAGUCGUCGUCAUCUCCAUCGGUGAUAUCAUCAUUGAGAUCUGAUAAGGAAAGUCAUCAUGCAUCAUUAUCGCUCACCUACUCAUUCCAACUCGCCGAUAUCACGACACAUUACAUAACGAGCAUGAACCUGGAGAAAGAUGAUGCGAUAGUUAAUCAGUGGCUGAGUCUGCAGCUUAUCAUCAAACAGCUGACGUAUGAUCACCAUGAUAAUGAUAUCGGUGAUAACCAUAACAUUUAUCCCCAUCAUCAUCGUGGUGAUCAUCAUCUUCAUUAUGCGGUCACGUGUUCAGAUGAUGAUAACGAUGGUAUUAACAAUACCCCCUCCUGGGCACUAUCUGGUGAAAUUAAAGGUUUGGUUGAUUUCCAGGCUGGGAAGUUUGAGGUGAGCAUGCUGUGCAAGCCACUAAAGGACGAAAUAUUAAAGAUUCCAAAAGUUUUGUUAUUUCACUGCCACUCCGAGCACAAACGUCAGAAUAAACUACAACUUCAUGAAAAGAUCAGCCUGUCCGAAGAUAAUGAAGCCGAAACAGAUAAUGAUGACGAUGAGGUUGACGACAGCAAUUCAUUCGAUGCCGAUAUAAACGACGAUGACGACGAGAAUACUAGCGGCGAUUUCAACAGCAAUCCACUGAACGACAGGACGCGCAUUAGGAAAUCUCAGACGACUCUCGUAGACCCCGUCAAAGUUUACAAUGCUUCAAAAUGCGAGACCAUUCAGGUCAAAUCAUUCAACAAACCUCAGAUAUUCAUCAUUGAUAGAUUCCGAUCGGAGAUGACUGCGAGCGAAUCUUGUAACACUUAUUUGUAAAUAAGCAUGAAAGUGUUUGACCGACUGAUCGUAAUUAAUGUCCGCCAUCAUAUAAAGAGACGUGAAUUUUUUAUUUAUAAUGUUUAUCCGCUAUGAUCUGGCGAUGAAGAAAUUUUUUAAAACUUGAUUUCAAGCGCAUUGGUUGUUAACAGUUUUUGUUUAUUAUGUUGUUCCAGUUCGUGUCUCUUGUUUCAUGUGCGGUAUAUGUUUUAUGAAAAUUUUUCUAACGGUCUUCUUUGUGUUUUUGUUUUGCAUACAUUUAAAUAGACAAAUUAAAACUUGAAA